UAUUGUAAUAUUCCGAGCUUUUCAGAAUCUGGAUAUGAAGGUGAAAAUUUAUUAACAUUUCAAUUAAAAGCAGUUUACACUGUAAUACGUCAUGGUGAUCGUACUACAUUAUAUUCAUUCCCUAAAACUUCCAAUCCAUCUAUUAGUUGUCAUAUUGAUCAAUCUCUUCAUCCUAGAUUGACAGACUUCAUAGACACCAUGCAGAUUAAUACUGGUAAACAGAAUAUAGGAAGUCAGUUUGAAAGCUGGGCAUUGUAUCCCAAUCGUCAAAUCUGUGACAAUUCAUUCUUAACACCUUCAGGCUCCUUACAGCAUAUAUUAAAUGGGGUACACUUAAAUGAGAAAUAUGUGAAAAAGUUAAACUUGUUUAAUGGUGAAUUUACCCCAGAUAAAGUUAAAAUCAAAGUCACUGAAUAUUCACGAACUUAUCAAAGUGCUGUAGCGUUAUUAUAUGGAUUCUUACCACAUUUUAAUUUAACUCAGCUCGAUAUACAACUGUCAAGGGGUGUAUUAUUUUGUUCUACUAAAACUGUUGGAUCUGUGUGUUCAUGUCCAGCAAUACAAUAUUACAAAGGACGUGGUGUCCAAGAAGUUGCUCAACAAAUACGAUGGAAAAAGGGUAAAUUAAGAAAUGUCUUAAAAACAAUUGCCAAUGUUUUGAACAUAGAAACAAGUCAACUACCAUUUAAUUUUGCUGUUUUUGAUAUACUAUCUUCAUUUGUUUGUCAUAAUAUACCACUGCCUUGUAAUGAAGACAAUCAGUGUAUAACAAAAGAACAUAUAGUGGACUUGAUGGAUUAUCUGAAUGAACAUGCUAGAGUGUUACAUAACUCAGCCAGUUUUAGAAAACAUAACAGUUUAUCAAGCUAUGCUAUAUUAAUGGACAUAGCUCAUCAUAUGAUAGAUGUGGCUCAAGAAAGAACUAAUCAAGUGUUUUCUCUGUAUUCUGGACAUGAUAAAACUGUGGCACCCAUUCUAUCUGUGUUUGGUUUAAACAUUGGUAAUAGUGUGAAAUAUGGAGCCAGAAUAGUUUUUGAACUAUACAAACAUCAUCAUGAUAAAGAUCAUUAUUUUAUAAAGAUUUUACAUCAUGGCAAGGAUGUUACUGCUCAAGUGAAUUUCUGUAAAGGAAGAACAAGAAAUGGUGUAUGCAAAAUCAAAUACUUUCUUGACUUCUUAAAAGUUGACCUUUUACAGGAAACUGGACAAAAAACAUUUGCAGAUGCCUGUAAAAUUGUCAGAAAAAAAUGA